AUGGACGUGGACGUGGACGUGGACGUGGACGUGGACGUGGACGUGGACAUGGACGUGGACAUGGACGUGGACGUGGACGUGGACGUGGACAUGGACGUGGACGUAGACGUAGACGUGGACGUGGACGUGGACAUGGACAUGGACGUGGACGUGGACGUGGAGGACGUGGACGUGGACGUGGACGUGGACGUGGACGUGGACGUGGAGAACUUGGACGGGGACAUGGACGUGAACGUGGACGUGGACGUGGACGUGGAGGACUUGGACGUGGACAUGGACGUGGACGUGGAGUGGACGUGGACGUGGACGUGGACUGGACGUGGAGUGGACGUGGACGUGGACGUGGAAGUGGACGUGGACGUGGAGGACGUGGACGUGGACGUGGACGUGGACGUGGAGAACUUGGACGUGGACAUGGACGUGAACGUGGACGUGGACGUGGACGUGGACAUGGACGUGGACGUGGACGUGGACAUGGACGUGGACGUGGACGUGGACGUGGACGUGGACAUGGACGUGGACGAGGACUUGGACGUGGACAUGGACGUGGACGUGGACGUGGACAUGGACGUGGACGUGGACGUGGACGUGGACGUGGACAUGGACGUGGACGUGGACGUGGACGUGGACGUGGACAUGGACGUGGACAUGGACGUGGACGUGGACGUGGACAUGGACGUGGACGUGGACAUGGUCGUGGACGUGGACAUGGACGUGGACGUGGACGUGGACAUGGACGUGGACGUGAACAAGACGUGGACUGGACGUGGAGUGGACGUGGACGUGGACAUGGACGUGGACGUGGACGUGGACGUGGACGUGGACGUGGAGAACUUGGACGUGGACAUGGACAUGGACAUGGACGUGGACGAGGACUUGGACGUGGACAUGGACGUGGACGUGGACGUGGACAUGGACGUGGACGUGGACGUGGACAUGGACGUGGACGUGGACGUGGACGUGGACGUGGACAUGGACCUGGACGUGGACGUGGACGUGGACAUGGACGUGGACGUGGACAUGGUCGUGGACGUGGACAUGGACGUGGACGUGGACGUGGACAUGGACGUGGACGUGAACAAGACGUGGACGUGA